ACACAUUUUUCAAACCAAAUCCCCACAACUUCAAAUCCAUUGUUUAAUCAAACUUAAGAUUCAAAUAACCACUCCAAGAAGCAUCAUCCCCAUCUUCUUCUUCUACUUCUUCUCCUCCUACAUCUCCUUACUUCUCUCUCUCUCUCUCUCUCUCACACACACACACACACACUCAGACCAAAUACAGCAAAUGCUUCAGAUGAAUUCUUUUUUCUAAAUUUAAAAGCAAAAAACCUAGAGAUCUUCACCAGAGCAAUCAAGAAGCUGCCUCUCACUUUCACUAUUCUUUAACCCUUUAAAGGGAAUUGCAUUCUUCCCUGAUUUUUACACUCUCUUCUUCACUAUAAUACUAAACCCCACUUCCUCCCAAUCUCUGCUCAUUAUCACUUUUGUACUACAGAUGUAAAACGCUCAUCGUCUCACCAUUUCAUCAGAGCUGAAACAUCAACUUCCACUCGAUGCCAUUCGGAUUUCUGCUCAGUAUUCUGAUUAUUGGACCCCCACUGUCUUUUCUUUCCUUUGGUUUGGUUCUAAGUAGACAGUUACUCUCUCUUUGCUGCACCAGAAAUUAACCUCAAAAACGGAAAUUAAACCCUAGUUCUGUGUGUGUGUGCGUGUGUGUAAUUUGUAUCUGUUUUUGUUGUUUUUUGAAUCAUGGAUUCCAGAGUGAUUAAACCCAAGGCAUUGCCGCCGAAACCCUCGUUGCUGAAAGAUUACCUGUUGGAUGAUAUGAGCUCAUGCUCAUCCAAUGGCUUCAAAUCGUUCCCCAGAAGACAGUGCUGUGGCAGUACCGUCCGAUUCCUAAUCGAGAUCGACCUCAAAAGCAAGCAGCAGCAGAAGCAGCAGAAGAAAUAUCUCAAUUAUUUCCAGAAAAACCACGCACCAUCCCCACUCAAAAACCCGUCGAGAUCAGCCCUGGCCGCUUUCCGAACCGUCAUCACGGCCGUCAAACGCCUCCCCUUCGGCUCCGGGAGUUCGCCGGAGAAGAAAAAGCGGACGAGAUCAAUUCUACCGCGGAACCUCUCUAAGAAAAUCCUCAAGAAAACUAGCUUCUGGAAGAGGAAAUCAAACGAGAAAGAGAUCCGACGCUGGAAAUCGUUUGAUGAGCUCCUGAAGGAGGACUCCGGACCACUGGACACUUCCAACUGCUCCUCCAUGAACACUACCAACAGCAACAGCCGAUCGGCGAGCGAUGAUCUAAGUUCGUACUGCUGGAGCGGUAAUUCUUCCUCUGAGGUAAAUUCAAAUUUACCUAAAGACGAGAACGACGCCGUAGAGGUAGCCACAGAGCUUCCAAAAGACGGCGACGUUUCAACGGACUCAACCACCAGUAGUAACAACUCUUCUACAAAGGAGAAGCAGUGGUCAGUUAGUGAAGAGAAGGAACAGUUGAGUCCGGUAUCGGUGCUCGAUUGUCCCUUUGAUGAUGAUGAUGAUGAUGACGAUGAUGAAGUUUACUCUCCUUUCCCACACAGCCUCGCAGUUGUGGAAGGAACUAAGAAGAAGCUCAUGAAAAAGAUUCAAAAGUUCGAGUGUACUCAGCUCGAGCCAGUGAACCUAGUCGAACGAUUCGUACUUCUGCCAGACUCAGAUAAUGAAUCUACUGGUUCUCCUCCCGUUGAUGAGAAAUCCACAUCAGAGAUCAAGCGAGAAGAAGAAGAGGAUGAGGAAGGCCUAGCAGAACGAAAAGCAUUGGAUCUACUUCAACAAAUGAAGGACACUUUGCCCUCAUAUGGCCUCAAGAUAAAGGCAGACAAGUUACUCUCGGACUUCUUUAGAGAAAGAAUCAUUGAUCAAAACGUGCAUCCGCAAAGGCAAUGGGGUGGAUACUCGUUUGAAGAGGAGCUGCUUGAAGAGGCGGAAAAUUGGAUCAACGGGAGAAAAACGAGUGAGCUCUUUCUUGCAUGGGAGGUGCCAAGAAACAGGGGAGUUUAUGUUAAGGACAUGGAAAAAGGAGGGGAAUGGCGAUCGUUAAAUCAAGAAAACCGGGAGGUGGCUAUGGAGUUGGAAGCUGAAGUUUUUGCUGCCCUUUUGUGUGAAUUGUUGCUAGAUAUCUCAUCUAAGGCCACAAUAUCACUGUAACUUAAGAGGGCUUUGAUUAGAGAUUGGUGAUGAUGGAGAUGUGGUAAUAAUAUGGGGAUAACUCGAGGUUGUUUUCGUCAUUCUGUCGCCACCCGUGGUCGAAGGUGGCUGGAAUGACUAACGCCACCUUGAGCUUCUGGUUUUAUGUUCUCUGUUUGUAGGAGAAAAAAUGGUGUAGUUGUGAGAGUUUUGGGGGGAAUGGGAAUGAUGACUUAAGUAGCUUUCUUCUCCAUUUAUUAUCUCCAGGUUUUGGCAUUGUAACUUGUUUUCAAUCCCCCGAUUGACUUACUACUUUAUUAGUAAUUAAUUUCA